AUGAAUUUAAUAAGUGGUUUAAGUAGUAUAUUAGCAAUAGGUUUAUUAACACCUGUUCAAAGUAUAUUAUUUUUAAUUUUAUUAUUUGUUAGUACAGCAAUAUCUUUAUAUUCACAAGGAUUUGUAUUAAUGGGAAUAUUAUAUAUAUUAGUUUAUGUAGGAGCUAUAGCAAUAUUAUUUUUAUUUAUAUUAUCUUUAUUAAAGAUAGAAUAUUCACCAAAAAAUGUUAUAUCACCAUAUAUAAUAGUUAUAUUAAUAAUAAUAUCAUUACCAUUAGAUUUAACAUAUAAUGUAGAUGGAAUAUCAGAAAUAGUAUAUACAACAUCAAAUGAAUUAAUAAUAGUUGGUUCAUUAUUAUAUACAGAUUAUAGUAUAUUAAUGAUAAUAACAGGAUUAAUAUUAAUUUUAUCAGUUAUAGGGGCAAUAAGUAUAACUAAAUAA